ACGCAGUAGGUUAGGUUGUCUUGAAGAGUACCGUACGCUAAGACAAUCAAUCAGCAAGAGCCGUCAGAGGAAGCUUUCCAAAUCGUCCUAGUAUAGUACAAGAAACGUAAAGGUUCCUACGGCUGUUGUCAAAACCUAGCAUCAAAGUUCCAGUACUAAAGGCCCCCAUGAUGGCGUACGAUCCACAUGAACCUAUGUCACCCGGCUUCCUCAGCUAUUUCCUUGGCGUUAAUCGCAAAUACGGAUAUCAUUGUGUUUUUCCCUAUGGCUGGAAGCUCGCAGACAACGCCGCAUAUAUACACGACACGUUGAGACCCCCCUUGUACCAUGGCUGGACAUUUCGAGUGUUUUUUUACGCUAUGGAUCCACUUCAGUCAGACACUGCAGUGCAAGUUGGAUGGAACUCCAUAAAUCCGCGCUCUUUUGUAAUCAGAGCAGUAGCUCAAGGGGGCCGUCCAAGCGUGACUGGUAGCACAAGAAACAGACGGAUUUACGAUAAACUUGCGACGAAUGAUAUUAAACAAGGCGAUCAUUUCUCUUUAGCUAUUCAAAUCUAUGGUGAGCAUCAUAAUUUCAGGGGACUUUUUAAUGACCAUGGAGGCCAAAUUCAUAGUAUGGAGAGUAUAAACACUAUAAAUAAAUGGCAUUACAAGAUUACUCCAUCUUUGAAUAUUAUUACUUCAAUCCAUGUAUACGAUGAACUGCAAAUAGAAUUCCCAGAUUAUGGCCUCGGAGAAGAAUUUCUUCUUCAGCCCGUUCCCCUCGGCGUCGGAUCAUACGGAAUUUUUUAUUUGUUAUACGGAAAUGGCAGCGGAGCUCUCACCAUUGCAUUCAAUGAUGGAAAGAACCGCAAGAGCCACCAUUAUCCCUCAACGAAGUUGAAGCGUAAUUACUUCAUCUACGUGUACAUUCGUAACACGCCUGCGGGGUGGCUUAUACAUACAAGUUUUCAGGCAACGCCAGUCCUCGUAGUACGUGAAGUCUAUCAUAAUCUCAUCUCGCCUAUAUUCUCCCCAGCAAGCAUCCUAAGGAUGAAUAUGGAAUCCUCCUACUAAACCUAAUUGCUGACAUUGCAGGAAUAAACAGAUUCUACUUUAUUA